UCCAGACUUAUUAGUGCAUAGAGCUGUCUCCGCAGUUCAGCAACUCACUUCACUUUUCCCGUCUUUCUCGGUGUCUUUCGCACACAAUAUGGGCUCAUACAAUUCGGAAAUAGCUGACGAAGUUCCCCCCUACCUAAGGGUCUACAAAGAUGGAACCGUGGAAAGACUCUUGGGCACUGAAAUCACACCAGCAGCCUUCGACUCAAAAACUGGCGUUUCAUCCAAAGACAUCAUAGUCAUCCCAGAAGCCGGUGUAACCGCGAGGUUGUAUCGUCCAAAUCUGGUUACCAAAACCCAGAGACUCCCUCUACUCGUUUACUUUCACGGGGGAGCAUUUUGCAUAUCAUCUCCCUCUGAUCCAAAAUACCACAAUUGUCUCAACCUGCUGGUGGCAGAGGCUAAAAUUAUUGCUGUUUCUGUGGACUACAGACUUGUCCCGGAGCACCCGCUUCCUGCAGCCUAUGAAGACUCUUGGGCAGUGCUAAAAUGGGUUGCCUCACAUAUUUCUGGUGAAGGCUCUGAAGAUUGGCUAAGGGAGUGCGUUGACUUCAGCAAAGUGUUCCUAGCAGGGGACAGUGCAGGGGCCAAUCUUUCGCACCACAUGGCAAUUCGGGCUGGCUAUGCUGACCCCCCUAGGAUUGGGGGACUUAAGUUGAGAGGAACUAUUAUGAUACAUCCAUAUUUCUGGGGCGAAGAUCCAAUUGGGAUAGAGGCUAAAGAUCCGGUGAGAAAAGGCAUGGUUGAUAAAUGGUGGCAAUUUGUUUGUCCAUCUGGUAAAGGCUGUGAUGAUCCUUUGAUUAAUCCAUUUGUAGAUGGCGGUGCUGAAAGUCUCUCAAGAUUGGCUUGUGAUUUUAUCAUCAUAUUUGUUGCACAAAGCGAUAGGCUGAGUUCGCUAGAGCAAGAGCAAGGCAAGGCAGAGAUGGUGGAGACACCAGGGGAGGAUCAUGUUUUCCAUAUAUUUAAUCCCUAUUCAGAUAAAGCUCGCAUGCUGAUUAAGCGCUGUGCUUCAUUCAUAAAUCAGGUAUAAGCAGCAAUGGUGAAAAAGUUCAGAUCAUCUUGUGCAUGGUUUGUUUGUUUAUAUGUCGAACAAUAUGUAAAAGUUCAGUUCUUGCUUGCGUAACGGUAGAAUAAAAAAACGUGCUUUGCACCUUCAAUAA